AGGAAAUCGCCGCCCACCUGACCUUCAGUCCAUAUUCGUGAAGUAAGUUUGUGGAAAUAAGUUCUGACAUUUUUUCCAUGCAUUGAGAAUGACAGCUUCCCGCUCGCACGUCUAUACUACUGUGCUGUGUGUCUGCCUUUCCCUGUUCUGGGAUCAACUCUCCACCUCUCCGCUGAACCAGCGGCCUAUCAUUGGUAUUCUGGCUCAGAAGGCAUCAAGUAAUUUGGCAAAAUUUGGCAGCAGCUACAUUGCGGCAUCAUACGUAAAAUAUAUAGAAUCUGCUGGAGCAAGGGUUGUACCCAUAAGCAUUGAACUAACUGAAGCUCAGUAUCAGAAACUAUUUUAUUCCAUAAAUGGGCUGCUUAUCCCAGGUGGUGGAGCAAACCUUCUAACAUCUAAUUUUUCCAAGAAUGCAGCCUUGUUUUAUAAACUUGCACUUCAGGCGAAUGAUCAUGGAACUCACUUCCCAGUGUGGGGAACUUGCCUUGGAUUUGAAGAGCUGACUGUUUUGACUAGUGGAAAAAAACUUCUGAUUGCUACAAACACUUCAAAUGUGCCUCUUCCUUUGAAAUUCACCAAAGACAUGUUGGACAGUCGGAUGUUUAAGAACUUUCCUGUGGAUCUAAUGAAGGCAUUGGCUGCAGAACCUUUAACUGCAAACUCCCAUCACUGGAGCCUCUCUGUGAAGAAUUUUACAAGCAAUGCAGAAUUAAGAAACUUCUACAAAAUCUUGACGACUAAUGUGGACAGUUGGGGCAUUGAAUUUGUAUCCACAAUAGAAGCACGCAAUUACCCUAUUUACGGAGUUCAAUGGCACCCUGAGAAAAAUCUUUUUGAAUGGUGCAGAAAGAAGAAGAUCCCACAUUCCCCCAAUGCUGUGGAACUUUCAUUGUUUUUGGCUGAAUUUUUUGUUAAUGAAGCUCGGAAGAAUUGGCAUCAAUUUUCUGAUGAAACUGAAGAAGAAAAUGCUUUGAUUUAUAACUAUACACCCAUUUACAGUGCAAAUAUUUCUUGCUUCGAGCAAAUUUAUAUAAUUGAUGGCAACUACUUCAGUUAGAGUUGGGCUUUAGCAGACCAAAAGGGUAAUUUUGUGUCUUUGUGCCCUCGGUAGAGAGCAGUUGUUUGAAAUAUUGCUGCAUGAUUUUCCAAUCAUUUAGAAGUCUGAAAUUACACAUUAAAUCUGAUCACUUGACUUGAUCUCAGCGUCUACUUCCUGUAUAUAAGCAGUUCUGGUAUCUGGGGCCAUAGCAGCAAACAAUUAGUUAUCCUGUAGCCGGUGCCAAGGUCAAGAUAAAUUUACUAGAUUUUCUAAGACCCAUUUGUUACUGAGCUUUCCUAGCUGCCUCUGAUCUACUUAUGUCAGUAAAUGUACUGCUGGGGAUUCAGCAAUAUGUUUUGGUAACAACGCAUCAUGAUGCCAGUGUCCAUCAACCAGAAUGUAAAAGACUUGCAAUUAUAUAGCACUUUGAUGACCCCAGGACUUCAUAAAGAACUUUACAGCCAAUGUGAUACUUUUGAACUGUAGUUGCUGUUAUAAUGUACCAAAUAUCAGUGUAUGAAUAUGUAGGAAUAUCACUGCUGAUUUGCACUUGCAUGAAAUAGGGUCUACAUUGAAUGCAGUUUAUAUAUUGGGGCUGAAAUUCCUGCAGUUCAUAGUUUCAGUGAGUCACCACAAAUAUAAAACCAAAUUCUACAUUUUGUACUCACAUGAAUUUUUCAAUGACAUUAUCUAAAUAAAGACUUAACACCUAUCCCAAAAAUGCCAUCCUUAUGCAAAUGAAGUUCAUAACCAUCAGAACUGAAUGAUUACACCUAUUUGUAAAUAGCAAGGCUAUCUACACUUUAAGGCUUUUGCCUGUUAUUCUCAUUGGAAAUAAAUUUUCUUUUGGGGAAGCGCAUGGCAGAAAAUCAUGAAAAUACUGACCACGUUUUUUGUCCAUUUGAAGAGACGAGUAGAAAAUCAUUAGUAAUACCCACCUGAUUUUUGUGAUAUGUGUCCUUAGUGCACAAGCUCCUUAAAAUUAAAAUUUAUCUUCUGUCUUUUAUUGGUUAUGGAAAGAUUCUUUGAAACUUAGUAAAAAAAAAAUGGCAUGUAAAACUUCAGAUUUACUUCAAUACAUUAAAAACUUUAAAUUAUGAACAA